AACCAAACAACAGCUCGCGACUAAAAGUGAAAGCCUCGCGCCAGCUGAACUUGGAUGCCGAGAACGCGUAUGAGACAGCCUUAAUAGCAGCAUCCAAUGAAGCGUGGGCGGGGCGCUUCAAAGAAGGCGGCUGCGGACAGCGGCAGCGAUGGAGAGCCCGAACGCGAGCCGCUGGACCCCAUCGCUGCCGCUAUGGAGGCCAAACGCUUGCGGCUGCUGGAGGCUGCUGGUCGAGGCGCGGCAGCAUGGGACGAGGACAGAUAUCUGCGGGCGCCACGGGUGGACAGCGCACCGGACCUACAAGCUGCACCCCAGCCAAGCGCUAGCAUGGCGCCGGCACCGGGCCCCUUCACGGUAGUGACCACCAUCACCCGGAUACCGCGCCGCCCGCCGCCCGCUGCCGCGGCAGUAGCGGCAGCAGCAGGCGCCCCCUCGGCCUCGGCGGCCGGGGCCGCGGCGGCACACGCGGCGCAGGCGGGAGGUCGCGGCUCGGCCGAGCCCGAGGGCGAGGGCGGUCUGGCCGCGCUACUGGGCUACGGGGACGUGGCUGCCUCAGACGAUGACGACGAGGAGCUGGCGGAGGAGCAGGAGGGAGCCGCGGGGGCGGGCCGCGCCGCUGCCGGUGACUCGGCCGUGCCGGCGUCAAACACGCCGACGGGGUCAGGCCCGGUGGAAGAUGCAGCCGCGGUCGGGGUGACAGAGGACCAGGCAGCUCCAGCCGCACAGCAACAGGGUGACGGCAUGGACACGGAGCUGGCUAGCUUCAUGCAGGAGCUCGAAGCCAGCGGGCUGCUGGAGGACGGCGGCGAUGAGCCGCCGCCGCUGCCGCCACAGCCGCACCGGGAGGCAGCAGAAGCGGCACCAGGCGCAACCGCGAAUGGCGGGGAGGCCGGCGCGACCGCAUCUGCUGAUCCGGCAGCUGUUGACGCGGUCGCUGGUGCUGAUGCUAGUGCUGGUGCCGGCGAUGUUCCCGCGCAUGACAGCGCAGGGGAACUGGCGGCUGCGGGCUUGAGCGCGGGUGCGGGCGUGGGCGCCAGCGGCAGCUCCGAGGAGCAACAGCUGCUUGGGUACCUGGUGGGGGCGCCCGAGUGGUGCAAGUGCCUGGACGGCGGCUCAGGGCGGACCUACUUCUGGAACCUGACCAGUGGCGAGGUCGCGUGGGAGCCGCCCAACGGGGCCGACCCAGAUCAGCUGCUGCCGCCGCCCGUGGGGCCCGGGGCGGCGGAGGCAGAGGCGGCGGAGGCGGAGGCCGCACAGGCUGAGAAGGAGAACGGGGAGGAGGAUCAGGAGGACGGUGAUGCGAUCCUCAACGAUGCCGUGCGUGCGGCUGGCAGCGAGGAGCCGGCGGAUGCCGGGGAAGCCGGCAAGGCAGGGGAAGCGGGGCCGUCACCUGCGGCAGAGGGCGGCAUGGAGGUCGACGACAGAGGGCCCGGGGCAGAGGAGGAGGAGGAGGAAGUCCAGCCGUCUGUCCCGCCGAACUCGGCACUGGCUGCAGCGCAGGAGCGGGCACCAGCAGUGAGGGCGGGGGACGGGUCUGAGCAGCACACUGGCGAGGCAGCAGACGUGGAUGCAGGCGCUGGCAGGCGGCCCGCCGCUGCCGCGCCCGCCGCCAGCAGCGGUGCCGCCGCUGCAGCGCCGGACGCUGCUGAUGCCGCCUCAGGACAGGGCGAGGCGGCAGCUGCGGCGGCGGCAAUGGAGCUGCUGCAGGCUGUGACGGACAUGGUGCUGCGGCCGCCGCAGCCGCACAUACACCAGGUGAUGGCGGCGCUCGAGACGGAAGCGGAGGUGGCGGCGCGUGGCUACAUGGAGAGCCUGUCACCGCUGGUGCGGCUGGCGGUGGAGGCGCAGGUGCGCGCCGCCGACUGGCGGGUGCUGGCAGCGCAGCAGGCGGCGGCGGCGGCGGCGGGGCAGCCGGCGGACGCUGUGACGUGGCCGGCCCUGGAGCGGCACAUGGUGGGCGCGGUGCGGCUGCUCCUGGAGGCACUACCCCAGGCUCGUGUUGACGCGGAGCGGAGCCGGGAGCUGCCUGGCGCCGCCGCUACCGCCGGCGCCGCUGCCAGUGCUGGUGCUGGCGCCUGCGGCAGACCUGCGGCGGCGGCGUCUGCUGAUGCGGCGCCCAUUAAAGGGGCUGUGUCGCCAGCACCAGCACCAGAGGCAUUAGAUGCAGACCCAGUGGCAGGAAGGCCAAAUGGACCGGCUGGCGCGCGCUCCAUUACUGUGGGCGGCGAGAGUCAGGCGGGCAAGGCAACUGCCGAGGUCGCGGACGAGGAGCAGGCGGGGGCAGAGGAGGUGCAAGCUGGAGCGGCGGGAUCGGAGCCUGGCGCUGAUGGGGACGUGGACAUGGAGGAGGGGGAGCUACUGGAAGAGGCGGAAGAGGCGGUGGCUGGGCCGCAACAGCCACCCGACGCCCGCAGCACUGCGCCAGGAAGCCCGGAGACGGCGGUAGCGACGUCAACUCAAGCCGAGCAGUCCGCUGCGGACCCGCCGCCGCCCAGCCCCGCCCACCCGCCACCGCCUGGGUCACCGCCGCCGCCACCCCCGGAUGUGGGUCUGCCGCCGCUGCCCGGCUCGCCGCCGCCCCUGCCGCCUGAGGCUCCGCCGCCGCCACCCCACGCGGCAGACACGGAAGACGGCAGCGAUGACAUGGCCAUUGAUGACGAUGACGAAGCAGCUGGCGCAGGGACGGCCGCCGCUGCCCCUGCCGCCGUCGCACCCGCCUCCACUGCAGCCAAUGCCGCCGCCGCGACGGCAGCAGUCGCGGCCCACUACUACCCACACUACUCACAUGAUGCCGGCGCGGGGUUGCCGGGCGCGGCGCCGGGUGCGGCGCUGCCUCCGGGCUUUGAGGCGGCGGCGGCGGCGUACGCCUCGGGUGCGGCGUACGGCGCCAGUGCGUACGACACGUACAUGAGUCAGGCGUACGGGUAUGCGUACGGCAUGCCGCCGCCGCCGGCUUCGACGCCCGCCGGGUACGAGGCGCUGCAGUACGUCAAUUCGUACCUGGGGUACGGGGCGGCGGGCGCAGCGGGCGUGGAUGCCGAGGGUGCAGCAGCAAGACCGGAAGUCAAGAGCGCCAAGGAGUACCGGGCGGAGCCCAUCCGCAAUCCGGCAGCCGCAGGUGCGGAGGGCACGCCCGAGCCCCAGUCAGGCCGUGCGAGCGCCUCGCCCACCCCGCCGCCACUCGACCUGCUGAACAUGCAUGCGGCGACCGCGCCGGACGCUGCAGCGGCGCUGGCGGCGGCGCGGCGCAAGGCAACGGCUGCAGGCGCCGUGUUGGUUGGCGGAGCCAGCGCAGCAGGUGGCGGCGGCGCCGCCGCUGUCGGCUCCAAGAAGGUCAAGGCAGGUGGUGGCGGCGGUGGCGGCCUGGGCGGCAAGAUGGGGGCGAUGGUCCAGAAAUGGAGCGCAGCACAGCGGGAGCUGGAGGCGGAGGAGGAGAAGGCGGCCCGCAAGGCGGCAGAGGCGGAAGACCCCAAUGCGCUGGAGCGGAAGCGCAAGGCGGAGCUGGAGCGCUGGAAGUGGGAGCAGCAGGUCACGGGCGCAGCCACCAGCAAUGCCAACUUUGCGCCACUGGGAGACUGGCGCUCGCGGUUUCCCAAAAUGGCCGAGGGCGCGGAUGGCGCAGCAACCAAGAAGGACAAGAAGGAGAAAAAGGAGAAGAAAGAAAAGAAGGAGAAGAAGGAAAAGAAGGAAAAGAAGGAGAAGCUUUUGACUACCGCUGGCGCCGUUGACGCUGCGGCGGCCGGCAGCAGUGGUGCUGGUGGCGGCGGCGCGGCGGGCGGUGCCGGGGUGCUCAACUGCAACAGCCGGCCUGACCUGGACGCGCUAUCCGCGGGCCUGCCGUCGGGCUGGCGUGCCAUGUGGGACAAGUCUACCGGCGACGUCUACUAUGGGAACCUUGCAACGAAGGAGACGCGCUGGGUUCGGCCCACCUGAGGCGCAACGAGCAGUGACGAGCGCGCGCUACACAGAGGCGCAUGCGCGGCAGCAUGGGCGCCUCACGCCCCCACGAUGGGACAGGUCAAGUCGCGCAUGAUAGCACCGGAUUCUUGCGUGCGUAUGUUACGGCAAUCGGCACGUAAAGGACAGGCCCAAGUUGGCAGGAGUUGUGUCUAGGACAGAACCGGGCGCAAUCAGUAGUAUUGCAUUGACGGGGGCUGUGAACGGGAGGUCUUCUCUAUGCUGCAUUUCUCCGUGGUCGUGGACCUGCGUUGAGGAUGGUGUGUGCGUGCAGUGCGGGAUGAAAGCUCGUGAUGGAACAUGGCAAGGGGCAGGAAAGCGUAGUCCCGAUGUGUGUGGUUCCCACCCGUGCCCACAUAAAUGCGUAGCAAGAAGGGACAAGGCAUUGGUGCGUCGUUCGCGCGCUGUUACUGUACCGACGGUAGCUGGCAGGAUGUGUCGAUGUGCGGGAUGAAAGCUGUGCUGCUGCCGGUCGCCAAACGCAUUGCUGACUCUGGAUCUAGCUCUGCGUUGCCGCGUUUACAUUGAUGCAUAGCAUGGAUGCAGACUUGCCCGCGCCUCCUUCGUGGGGCACCCAAGGGCAAGUAAGAUGUGUAACGCUUUCACC